GGAUUGUCACGUCUAAAUAAUUAGAAAACUUCUCAAUAACCAUCACUGACCGUCACACACAUGGAUGAAAGAGAUUCAUGAUUUUUUUUAUUAAUAUUUGUCUCUUUUAAGAUAGUUUUACUUUUCUAAUUCCUCUUGUUUUAAGUAUAUUUAAUUUCAAUUUAUACAGACUCGAGAAUUAUACAGUUCAACAAAAAAUAACUUUCUCUUGAACACAAGAACAAGACUAGUUAUUUCAAUAUUAUUUUGACAUUGUUUUGAAUACGACUCUGGUAUCCAAAUUGCUUUAUCACAUUACAAUUUUGAAAAAUUUCUAGUUAAAGUUGCAAGAAAGUCAUUUUAAUGUAUUUUGUCAUAUUGUAGUUAUGAUAUGUGCUGUUUGGAGAAGUUCUAUAUUACAGUCACAAAAUUAAAUGUAUUGAGGACUUUCGGUCCUCUCAAAAGAAAUUUGUUACAUCGCGAUUAUAGAUUAAUAAAAUAUUCAUUAAAUAUGGGAUGUAUUGUGGGAAAAUUGCGAAUUAGAUCAUUGAGAAUCAUACAAUGACAUUGCAUAUGACAAAAAUACUCCAUCCACUUCUGAAGGCAAGAGAAUUUCGCCAUUUAAGUUAGGAUAAUCACAAUCAUUCAAAAUAUAUAUAUAUAAAUUUUUGCAAAAAUUAAACAUUUUUAAAUUUUGACAUUUAUAUUAAUUUCGCCAUUUUAAAUUUGUCAAUUUUGAUAUUAAGCUCGUAUUUAGCGAUCUAUAAAUUCCUUAAGUUCGAAUAUAAAUAUAAUUGAAAAUUAUUUUAUAUAGAUUUUCAGUAAUCUAAUUUGCAACUUUUCCCCAAUAGAUCAUAUUUAAUCAUGAAUAUAUCUUAUUAACCACAGUCGAUAUAAAUUUCUUUUUAAAUUCUGAAAAUCUUAACAUACAUAAUUUUUAUUACAAUAAAACUUCUCCAGCAUGUGGCUUUGUGGAAAAAUAUAAAUCGAGCAGAUUUAGUGAACAUCAUCAAAUGGCAUAACACGCUCAUGUAUAUCGUUUCAUUAAUCUUUUUACUUUCUCAUCGCGAUACGCUUCAUCCAGUUUCCAUCGUUUGCGAGGAGAUGGCCGAGGGCUUGGCGCGCAAACGUACGAUGUCCGCAUUGUACGAUAUCGUAGGCUGGCUGAAUCUGGAUAUGCAGUCAGUAUGCGCUCGGUCUGGCCCGAACGCGGAUCGCGGCCGAAGCUGCGAGGCUUCUCUUAUUCGCGAUGGAGCUGCGCGAGGUGAACCGCGCGUACGGCACUGCGGAGGAGACGACGGAGCUCCUGCCGCAGCGUGACAACGCCGAAUAUGAAAGUUACUUCAUCGAGUACGCGAUGCAGAAGGAGAUGAUCAAUCGCAACCGAUGCCCCGCGAGCCGACGAUUGCUCAGCCAGGCCGCGAAUUUGGAUUACAAUUUUUCCAACAGCGAUCACCUCAAGGAUUCACCAUGUGCCGGAAUCAGCAUAAUCCACACCUCGAGCGAAGACUGGCCGCCAUCCAGGAAGCGCGAGGAAGCGAAGGCCUUGGAGAAUCUCAGGAAGAGAGUAGAACAAAGCAAAUUGUACAAGGCGGACAGAAUCGUCGAUCCGGUUGUAUCUACCUCGUCCUCACUAAAUUAUGAACAGACUCAACAACAGCUGGACAAUCGACCGAAACUUCUGAAAAAGAUACUCAGCAACCGGCCGAUGAGUAUCACGCUCGAUAGAAGCGAUCUGGAGACCGAUUGGCGCGACAGCGAAUUUAUCACCGAGUGCCUUUGCUGGCAUAACGUUUAUCGGCAACGGCAUAACGCACCUCCGUUGACUAUGUCGCCGCAGUUGUGCGAGUACGCUCAAUCGUGGGCGAAUCAUUUGGCGCACACGAACACGUUCUACUACAAAAACGAUCGCAACGUGGGUCACAAUCUUUAUUGUCGCCCCGGUGGCGGCGUACCCGGCGAUGUCACAGGACAGGAGGUCGCGUCCUAUUGGUACUCGGCCGUGAGGCAGUACGACUUUCUCAAGGAACCGGAUGUUCUUCACGCCAAUGUGAAUGCAGGCCAUUUCACCCAGCUGAUAUGGGCGAGUAGCCGUUACUUCGGGGUCGGCAAGGCGCACAGCAGAAGCGGCAAGAUAAUCGUGGUGGCUAAUUACGAGCCGGUCGGGAACGUGUCCGGUCAGUUUGAGAACAACGUGUUACCGCCGUUACCGGAGAACGUGAAUGCCGUUGUGAUGUCGCCGCACGCCGUGCCGCGGAUACCGCGGGGCCAUUACGAGCUGCUAACAUCGGCGGCGCCGCCCCCGUUGUCAGACACCGCGUCCACCGGCAGCGACACUAUGUCCGUCAGCUCCGGCCAAUAAUACCACGGCCGUGCUAAAUGCCUUCUCUGUAUUUGCACGCGAUGGGCCGAACGCUGAAGGGAGGCGUGCGACUUAUCGCAUGCCGCGAGUCAAAGACUUUUGGACACGCGAAACACGAUGACCGAUAUCUCUGCCGCGAACGAGUUCAAGGUCGCACGGAUUAUGAAGAAGAGAGCGAAGGCAAGGACUCUCUCGUUUCGAGACAUUUUUUUGGAAAUUUUUAAAAGAUUUAUCUCGAUUAUUGUAAUCUCUUUGACGAUUAGCGUGCAAAUCUGAGAAAUAAUAUAUGAAUAAAUAUUAAUAAGAAAUAAGUAUAAAACACACACAUCUAGUCGCUCAGUUGCACAAUAUAGUUGGCAACGUAAUUGUCUUUUUGACUGUAUAAUUGGGAUAAUUACGAUGAGAAUAAGCCAAAUAUAAAAUAUAACACCGCACCAUUAAUUUGUAUAAUGGAAUUAAUAAUUUUAACGAAAUUAUUAAAAACACGAUUCUAUCUUUAUCUCAUUGUUGCAAUGAAAGUCCAAUCGAUCUUAUAGAGCAUUUUUCCACAGAAAUGUCGGUCAUCAGGUUUCACUGCCCUCAACUACCGCUUGCAAAAGCAGUGAUAAUCAAAGAGUACACCGAGCUUCGUCUUGGUAGCUGGUAGUACAUACGUAUAAUACGAUUAGAUCAAGCAGAGAUACAAUCUGCGUUGAUCUGUGAUUAUUGAUAGUGGCGUAACUGCUCAUUUUUUACCGGUCUCCCGUACAAGAGUAAAUUUGGAUAAACAAAGAGAUAUUUCGAGAAAAGUAAUUAUACAAUUAAAAAAUUUGAUUUAAAUUAAAAUAGUAAAGCUAGAGUUAUAGUAUUGAGUAGAUCAUUCUCUAGUGAUUUCCGAUCUGUUGUUAUGUAAGCAGUAUUUACUGCAGCCUAAAAUUCGUACUACUUCUCUCUAAUUAAAGUUCCUUUUUUUCUGAUUAAUUUUCUUUCUUCGUGUGUUUUUUUGGCGGGAUCAUUUUUUAAAAUAGUUGCGUCACUGUUCGUAAUAGAUAACAGAAGCUCAAAUUUAGGAUCACUAUAUCUACUUCCGAUUCGGAGAAAACAGAAACGAAAACGGCUGUACAACGUACAAUUCUUGUUUUGAGAUUCUAAGUUUAUUCGCGCGCGCGCGCUGAUUAUUCGUUGCAUGGAUCCCACGUGCAGGACGAAAGUUAAAAAAUUGUUGAAAAGAACACCAAAAACUCUACAUGCCUAUUUUGUAUAAAUAUAUCGGUUUUAGGGCUGGCACACUCAUUUAAGGAACUCGUAUUGUAAGAUAUAAUAAUCGUAUGAGAUAUAGAACUGAGAAACCUAAGUGAGACGAAUUGCGCCUAGCAAGGAAAUGUAAUACUUUGCACAUACUUUUCCGUCCUCUUACACUGGAAAUCAAUGUUUUGCACGAGACAAAUGUUGAAUUUCUUAGCAUUUUUAGUAUUAACAAACGUUCCUAUCAAGCGACGAAGGAAUGGUGUGUGCUCUCCAGAAACUUGGGAAGAUAGUCGAACUAAAAGUUAAAAAAAAGCGAAGAUCUCGCGAGCGAGACUACAAUCGAGACGUAUCAUUACAAUCCACUUUCUAAGCUGUUCAAAAGAAUUUUUCAAAUGUUAAUCUUAGAACAGCUGAACAGAAUCUGAAUGAGACUUGGAUAAAAUUAAAAGAAAGAGGAUAGUGUUAACAGAAGUAGGAAUAACGUUUAUAUGAUUCAAUUUCUCUUAUAUUAUGGAUUCAAAUGAAAAUUAAAAGCUAGGCAAAAACUGCUUUAGCUCUAAAUUCUAUAUUCACAUUCUAUUUUAAAUGUCAGAUGUGAACAUAGAUUUUAGUGAUUUAAUGUAUUUUGUUUUUACUUUAUUUUAAUAGAAUCUCAAAGAAAUAGUUUGGAAAUAGAACUAAAUGGAACUAAAACUGUUCUGGGACAAAAAUUGAACAUAUAUAAUGAAAUCUUUAAUUAUCGACUAUGUAAAUUUAAAUAAUGCUCGAGGACGAUACUCGUUUGAAAGCGACAAUUACGUCACAACGAACAAUUCUCGCUUUUAAAGUAAAAGGUACGCAACUACGUCUAAAGUCUGCCAGAUUGAUAAUCAUUAACAUAUAUAGAGACGACCAGCUGAAUAUAAUUGCAUUUCGCUAUUUCAUCAAUGAUAAUUUAUCCUAAAGUACGAUACAAGAGAUCAAUUCUCUUUUUCAUAUCUCAAUUCUUUCCGAAUAUGGAAUGAUAAAGGACGAACAAAGAAUGAAAAAUUUUUAGAUCAAGUCGAUCGACAGACAUUGUAGUCGCGUCGAAUGUUGUUGCAACGAUUUUAGCUCUUUAAAUAAGAUAUACAACACCUGUAUAAAAUAUAUAAUUGUACUCUACGUACGACGAGAGAUUAUUUACAAGAUAACAUCGACUAUGUUAGACGAAAGAUCUCUCAGGUACGCGACUUAUUGCGAGACGUAGUAAAUGCAAAUUUACAGCAGGUUUUGUAAUUCGACCCUGUUGGCCCCCGAUUUACUAGAAAAUAGAUUGUUAUAUAUGAGAGAUAUAAGAAUUAUUUUCCAUAGAUAGAGAGAUUGUUGUAGAGAAGGAAAAUUAUUUUUUCCACGCAUAGUCGAUUAGCAACGCGCUUUUCUAAAUACGAGACGUAGAACGUAAUGUAAAGUGUUAAAUAUAUAAAAGAGGAAGAUAUAUACAUUUCAUCCCUUUACACUGUUAGAUAUUCGCUUCUAUAAGAUUUUAUGCGACGUGUUACAUAAAACGAUCAAAUCGUUGACUAAUCAACUGCGCCUAUCAAGUAAAAAACGACUUAUUUGAUCGAAUCACUCAAUUAGUUUAAUUCAAUCGCGCUUUAUGAAAUUUAAUGUGAAUUUGUCGCCUGAGCUCACGAUACGAAACGAUGUUCCGUAAUAUCGAUAAUAAUAUUUAAUAUAGCGCACAGGGUUGAAUAAUAAAUGCUCGAUGUGAUAAAUAUAUAUAAUACCUAAGAAAGGCUUUCGUUAAUCUAAGAAGGUUCAAAUCAAAUUACGGUUACAUCGGAAGGAUCGACGGGGUCGAAAAACGUUGUUCGCCGUUUUUGAUUUUUCUAUUCGACGCAUGCAAAUCGAUAUAAAAAAGAAAAAGGUAUGCGAAUGGAGCGGGGAGGGAGGGAGAUGUGACGAUGGAGACAAGAUAUUUAAAUGCAUGUGCAAAAGCUCACCUGUUGACAAUCGAUACUGAGACGUCGUUUCAUUUAUUUAUA